AUGGCGACGCUUAUAAAAAGCAAGCUUUCAAAUGUUGCCACUUCCGUCUCGAACAAAUCUCAGGCUAAAGUUAGCGGAGUGUUCGCCAGGAUGGGGUUUCAAGCAGCGACCGACGAAGAAGCCGUUGGGUUUGCGCAGUGUGAUGACCUGGACUAUGAACAUCGGCAGGGUCUGCAGAUGGACAUUUUGAAACCCGAAGAGGCGACCGGCGAGGCAGAGCUAGCGACUGAGGGCGAUAGUCACUACCAGAGAGACGGCACUGGACUGCCUCCUUCGACCUCCAAAGAUGGGGAGCCGUGUGUGGAGUUAGCAGCUCAGGGAAAGCCCAAAAUUACUGCCUGGGAAGCGGGCUGGAAUGUGACCAACGCGAUCCAGGGUAUGUUCGUCCUGGGCUUGCCCUAUGCGAUCCUCCAUGGAGGAUAUCUCGGACUAUUUUUAAUCAUUUUCGCUGCUGUUGUGUGUUGCUAUACGGGGAAGAUCCUGAUUGCUUGUCUGUAUGAGGAAAACGAAGACGGCGAGCUGGUGAGAGUAAGAGACUCCUAUGUAGACAUUGCCAAUGCCUGCUGUGCCCCUCGCUUUCCGAAGCUGGGUGGCAGGGUCGUGAAUGUAGCCCAAAUCAUUGAGUUAAUAAUGACCUGCGUUUUGUAUGUGGUUGUAAGCGGCAACCUUAUGUAUAACAGUUUCCCAAAUCUGCCCAUCUCUCAAAAAUCGUGGUCUAUUUUGGCCACUGCAAUAUUAUUACCUUGCGCGUUCCUGAAAAAUCUCAAAGCGGUGUCCAAGUUUAGCUUGCUCUGCACUCUGGCACAUUUUGUAAUUAACAUCUUAGUGAUCGCCUACUGUCUGUCUAGAGCCCGGGACUGGGCCUGGGAUAAGGUCAAAUUCUACAUUGACGUCAAAAAAUUCCCAAUAUCCAUCGGCAUUAUCGUUUUUAGCUACACUUCACAGAUCUUCUUGCCGUCGCUGGAGGGCAACAUGAAAAGCCCCAAAGAAUUCCACAGCAUGAUGAACUGGACACAUAUAGCGGCGUGUAUCCUAAAGGGACUAUUUGCCUUGGUAGCUUACCUGACCUGGGCAGAUGAGACAAAAGAGGUAAUCACAGACAACCUCCCCUCUACUAUCAGAGCAGUGGUCAACGUGUUUCUAGUGGCUAAAGCCUUGCUCUCCUACCCGCUACCUUUCUUCGCAGCUGUAGAAGUCUUCGAGAAAUCCUUUUUCCAAGAGGGGAGGAUUCCAAUGUUUGCUAAUUGUUAUGGGAUAGAUGGUAAACUCAAAUCAUGGGGGUUAGCUUUACGGUGCAUCCUAGUGGUCUUGACUUUGUUUAUGGCCAUGUAUAUUCCCCACUUCGCUCUGUUAAUGGGCCUGACUGGGAGUCUAACGGGUGCUGGCCUCUGUUUUCUGCUCCCAAGCCUUUUCCACCUCAAACUUUUGUGGCGAAAACUGCAGUGGCAUCAUGUCUUUUUCGAUGUAUCCAUAUUUGUCAUAGGCUCUAUAUGCAGCGUGUCCGGGUUCAUCCAUUCGCUGGAGGGAUUAAUUGAGGCUUUCGACUCCAACACAAGCGACUGA